GCCCAUAAAGACGCAACUGUUUAUGUGGAAGUUGGAACGGCGUCUGCCCCAUCCGUCCCACUGCGCCCCACUUGAACUCAAAACGCCAAAACGCACCGUCUGAAGCUUUUCCGAUUUCCCCAAAUUCAACCGGUUACCAUCGUUUUUCUCGGCGAAUGAAACCCUAGGACCGUGAUUUAGGUACUCUGAAUUUAUAUUCGAACGUGGAGAAAUUGUGUUUGUUCGUUACCAUUUUACCUGAAUAAUUGAAAAAGGUUUUAUGUGGCAUUGAUUCUGCUGGCUCGCGCGCGCGAGAGAGAGAGAUGGGAAGAACAGCUGUGGCAGUGAUUGUGAGCUUGUGGGUCAUUCCCGUCUCCAUUCUUGUUAAUCGCAUAGUUCCUGAGCCUUACAUGGAUGAGAUAUUCCAUGCACCCCAGGCUCAACAGUACUGCAAAGGAAACUUUAGAAGCUGGGAUCCGAUGAUUACCACUCCUCCUGGCCUGUACUAUCUUUCACUUGCCCAUGUUGCUUCUUUGUUUCCAGGCAUGUUCCUUAUACAAGCAGCCUCAUCAAUUUCUGAAGUCUGCACCACUGCAAUUCUUCGAUCUGUAAAUGGUGUUUUGGCGUUGUUAUGCAGCAUGCUUGUAUAUGAGAUAAUCACCCACUUGAGACCAACUCUUAGUGAACGAAAAGCAACAAUUAUUGCAGUGGUCCUAGCCUUAUAUCCCCUCCACUGGUUCUUCACUUUUCUCUAUUAUACAGAUGUUGCAUCGCUUACUGCAGUGCUUGCUAUGUAUCUUGCGAGUUUGAAGAAGAGUUACUGGUUCAGUGCAUUGCUAGGUGCCUUGGCUGUUGUCAUUCGACAGACCAAUAUAAUAUGGAUGCUUUUUGUUGCAUGCAUUGGGGUUAUAGAUACUACUCUGACCCAGAAAAGAGAUAAAAUAGAAGUAAGUGAAAAUGAAAUUGAUGCAGCAAUGAGGAAAACUGAUAGAUUAACUUCAAACAAUAAUGUCACAUGGGGCUUGAACUUGAGAAAGCGAAAGUUCAGUAGCACCUUGGACACUGAUAAACAUUCUAUACCAAGUACAAGCAUCUUUUCGGCAAACUUCACAUCAGGUUUGCUUGAUGAGGUUCAGGUCAUCUUAUUAAGAUCAUGGCAUAUGAAGUGGAAGCUUUUGGUUUCCUUUAGCCCUUUUCUCAUGGUAUUAGUGGCUUUUUUGGCUUUUGUUCGUUGGAAUGGGAGUGUAGUUCUAGGUGCAAAAGAAGCUCAUGCAGUUUCACCUCAUUUUGCGCAGAUAAUGUAUUUUGGUCUGGUUUCUGUUCUUGCUAUGGCUCCUCUGCACUGCAGUUUUGGUCAAAUCAUAGACAUGUUCCAGUCAUUUUGGAAGAGAAGGCCUGUUAGUUUCUUUCAAGUGUUGAUGGCUGUCAUUGCUGGCUUCUUCUCUGUGCACUAUUUCAGCAUAGCUCAUCCCUAUCUUCUUGCUGACAAUCGACAUUAUCCAUUCUACAUCUGGCGCAAGCUCAUCAAUGCUCAUUGGUCAAUGAAAUACCUUCUGGUCCCGCUCUAUGUUUAUUCAUGGUUUUCAAUCCUCAGUGUAUUGGGGAAAGUUCAGAGGAAGAUAUGGGUGUUGGCAUUCUUCUUGGCUACUGCUGCAGUUCUGGUUCCCGCUCCACUGAUUGAGUUCAGAUACUAUACUAUACCAUUCUAUUUGUUGAUACUUCAUUCCCCUAUUACUGAUUAUCAAAGCUGGCUUCUCAUGGGGUUUCUAUAUCUAGCCCUCAAUGUUCUCACAAUGAUGCUUUUUUUGUUUCGGCCUUUCCAUUGGAGCCAUGAGCCUGGCAUCCAGAGGUUUAUAUGGUAGAAAGUUUCUAAGAAAUGCUAAAGCUCCAUCAGAUCUUUACACACGCCAUUUUUGGGUGGUAUUGUUUUUUCAUCCAUGAAGAAGGGAUUUUCAACAAGAAAUUCUUUGUUUGAA